CAUUCGAGGCGAGUGGACGGCGCAGUAUUCGGGUUUGCUCUCAGAUUUAAAUCGGACAUCGGACAGCGGACAUCGGGCGGUUGCACAUUUAGCUGAAAUGAUAAAUUCACAGCUCGAUUAGCUUAAUCAUACGGCAGUGGCGCACUUAAUUAGUGAAUAUAUUUAUAUACAAAUUGUAAUUGUAAUUGAAUUAUUAAGUCAACAAGCUAUUUGCAUUCUCGCAUAGCUCGCACAUUGCGCACUGCAUAAAAACUUGGGGCUAUCAUCGGUGCUCGCUUAACUAUCAGACAUUGAUUGCUUUCACAUGGAUAGCAAUUCGGUGAGUCCUCUGCCGCCGCUGACGCUGGAAAAUGAGAAGACGCCGCCCGGCACGCCCAAUGGCAAUGAAAUGCCACCGCCGCCAGAUGAAAAACGUUAUGAGGAGGAUCCAGAUAAUGCCUGGAACUGUUGUUCCUGGUGUGAAUAUUUGUUAAUCGUAAUACUCUCUACCAUAUUACUGGUGGGUGUCUUGAUAUUGGCACUCUUCUGGGUGAUGUUCUAUCGCGGCGGCUUCGCCUGGUCGGAAAAGCCACUGAAGCAAUUCAACUUGCAUCCCAUUCUGAUGAUAGCGGGUUUCGUAACGCUAUCUGGAUUCUCUAUCUUAGUUUAUCGUCUGUGCCGCUGUGUCAAGCACAUCUAUGUGAAACUGAUUCACAUGUUCUUUCAUGCUGCCGCAAUACCCUGUAUUGUUAUGGGCUUCCUCUCCGUCUUCGACUCGCACAAUGCAAUGGCCAAGAUCAAUUUCUAUAGCCUGCACUCAUGGCUGGGCUUCGUGACGAUGUGCAUGUUCCUGCUGCAGUUCGUAAUUGGCUUCUUAACAUUUCUGGUGCUGCUCUGCUGCGACAAUAAAACCUACAGCUGUCGCUCGGCCAUGGUGCCGAUACACGCCAGCCUGGGCUUGGCCAACUUCUGGCUGGCCAUAGCCACCGCUGUGACGGGCAUCAUCGAGAAGGAACGCGAGACUGCCAAGGAUCCCACACUAAGCGACGAUAAUCGCAUGAUUGAGCAUUACAUAACAACUGCGAUGGGCGUCACUCUCAUUCUGAUUGGCGUUAUUGUCACCUUUGCCGUGCGAAGAACCAAUGCACCUGCCUCUGCCAAAGUCUAUGUGACCGAACGCAUUUAGAUUGUGGCCAACCGUCACGCCCAUAACUACGGCCGCCUGCCACAGCCAGUGUUAAAAUAGAGCUGGAGCUGUCUGUUCUAAAAAAAAAAAAAAAAAACAGAAAAUCAAAAAGCAUUCGUCACAUCCAUAAACUCUCUCCGUUGUCUGUGUAGCACAAACAGCACAAAAGCUUCUCUUCAUAUACAUACUAUACUAUACGAUACUAUAUAUAUAUACACUCAUAUGCCAAAUCAAAAACUCUUUCUACAAAAUCAAAAUCAAGAAUCUUUGCCUACAUUUGCUGCUAAGUAGUUUUGUCUAUAUACAUACAUAUAUAUAUAUAGUAGUAGAUUCAUUAGAUACAGGCGAGAAAUAUGGAUAUAUAAAAAAAAAAAAAAACUUAUAGGACCGCCCAGCCCAGAGACCAAGCAUUAGAAUUUUACACAACAAAUUGAAAUAGUAACUAAAUAUACAGCAAAACAAAUUU